AUGCCCAGAAGGGAGCCUGACGGCCUACGCCUCCGACACCAGAGGCAACGCACUGUCGGUGACAGACCUCACCACUGGAGCCUCCAAACACCUGCAGACCAGUACUUCCUCCCCAAGCCCGGCUUCUUCUUCCCGAAGGCGGGAGGUCCAGCCUACUACCUACCGGACGGCAUCGAUGGAGUGACAGCCGAUGAGAGCUGCGACGGCAAACUCUACUUCCAGGCGUUCGCCAGCAACAUCCAGGGCGUUGUGGACAAGCAGGUCAUCCGAGAUGCACGUGACGGGGAUAUGUUGGACACCAAGACGCAGGUUUAUCUGCCAGGAGAAUUACCUGGGCAGAGUGGAGUAAUGGUAGUGGAUCCGAAGGGACAGCUGCUAUUCUUCCCCGUGCUGGAUGAACUGGCCAUCUACUGUUGGAACACAAGCAAACCUCACGACCGCAAGAACUUCCACUUGAUCGUUGAAGAUGAUGAACAUCUACUGUUCGUCAGCAGCAUCAAGAUAGACACAAAAACACAAAGAUUAUAUACAUAA